ACGGCGGAAGCUGGUGGGCUUCGAAAUCUAGCCACCAAUCAUGCUAGAGGCUAUCGACUACUUCGCGCCUAAAAGCGCGCUUCAGACGCUGGUGAUCGUCGCCCUUGUCACGUUUUUGGUGUGGUACACGCAGUACCAUUGGAACCGGAGGCGUCUCUACAAAAUGGCGUCCCGUUUCGACGGUCCCAUUUCUCUUCCGUUCAUUGGCAGCGGACUAUCCUUUGUCGGCUCUACUUCUGACAUUUUAAACAACGUCAUGGUGCUGUUCCAAACGUUUAAACCACCGGUGCGAGUGUGGUUGGGUCAGAAACUGUUUUACGCACUAUUUGAUCCGGAGGAUCUUGAAAUAAUCAUGAACAACCCGCAUGCGUUGGAAAAGGACGAACUGUAUCUGUUCGCUGAACCCUUUGUGGGUACCGGUCUGUUCACCGCCCCAGUGCCAAAAUGGAAACGCCACCGUAAAGUGAUAAUGCCGACAUUCAAUCAGCGCAUCCUCGACGAGUUUGUGCCGGUAUUUGCCGAACAGUCCGAAAUACUCUUGGAGCAGCUGAAGAAACAAGUUGGAAAGGGCAGCUUCGACAUCUUUCAACUCGUCAGCCGUUGUACCUUGGAUAUUAUCUGCGAGACGGCAAUGGGAGUUAAGGUGGAGGCGCAGACUACAGACUCAGACUACGUCAAGUGGGCUAACAAGGCAAUGGAGAUUACGUUUACGAGAAUGUUCAACAUCUGGUACCACUUCGAUUCCAUAUUUAACCUUACACAAAGCGCACGUGACCUUCUCGACAUCCAAACCAAGAUGAAAACGUUCACUGGAGCCGUUGUAAGAAACAAACGGGAGGCGUACCAGACAAAAAUGAGGGAACGAAGGCAACUACCGGAAGGGUACGUAGACAAAGAGGCGCCGACUCGAAAAACCUUCCUUCAACAGCUCAUCGAGUUGUCCGAAGGAGGGGCCAACUUCACAGAUGAUGAAUUGCGAGAGGAGGUCGACACAUUUAUGGUGGCGGGAAGCGACACCACGGCGUCAAUGAACAGCUUCAUAUUCGUAAUGCUAGGAAUGUACCCAGAUGUGCAGGAAGAAGUCUACCAAGAGGUGUUAGACGUACUCGGCCCAGACAGAGCAGUAGAAGCCGCCGAUCUUGGUCGCUUCCAAUACAUGGAGAGAGUGAUGAAAGAGACCAUGCGCAUAUUUCCCGUCGGACCUUUACUCGUUAGGGCAAUCACUAAAGACAUUCAGCUAGAGAACUGCGUGAUUCCGGCCGGAAGUUCGGUGGUAACGGUGAUCAUGCAAACGCACAGAAGCGAGAAGAUUUGGCCGCAACCCCUCAAGUUCGAACCCGACCGAUUUUUACCCGAAGAAAUUGCCAAACGCCAUCCAUACGCUUGGUUGCCAUUUUCUGCUGGUCCUCGAAAUUGCGUUGGUCCGAAAUACGCUUUUAUGGCAAUGAAAGCGCUCAUCGCGACAGUAGUCAGGAGAUACAAGUUCACCACGGACUAUAAGUCCAUUGAGGACAUCAAGCUGAAGGCUGAUUUAAUGCUGAAACCGGUCGAUGGAUACAAUGUUUCGGCCGAGUUGAGAGAAUGAUGGCGAUUUUUAUUGCUCCUUAGCGUUUCAAAUUGCACACUUAUUGUAUCAUGUGGCGAAGUGCCCUCUUAAAUAUUAAAAACAGAAACAGACACCA